CACAGUGCGCUCACAGGCAGAUACAGCUGAAUUUCAACCGAGCUGGCCACUGUCCUUGCAGUACGGGGGAAAACAGGGACCUUGCAAUGAUCUCGCUGGACUUCAAUUUCAACAUUUUGACAAGGGACCUGUCAUAUUAUCUGGAAAAUCAAGUGAAAGUUGGGCUGUUCGGCUCGGGAGUAGGACUGUCUCUGGUGCUGGGCUUUAGCGCAGCGUACACCUGCUACUAUUUGAUUUCAGUAGCGAAGAAGCCACAGCUCAUCUCGGGGGGUAAGAAGUUCUACCAGUUUCUGAGGGAGCAAUGUCCGGUGGUGUCAGAGACCUACUACCCCACCUUUUGGUGCUGGGAGAGCCGCAUCCAGACUCUGCUGAGACCCUUUGUCACAGCCAAACCUGGGGUGGUUUACAGAAAUGAACUUAUUAAGGCAGCAGAUGGAGGACAGAUCUCUUUGGAUUGGUUUGACAACGACGACAGCCUCUCUCAUCCCGACCCCGCCACCAGGCCCACAGUCCUCCUUCUCCCCGGUCUGACCGGCACCAGCCGAGAGUCCUACAUCCUGCACAUGGUCCAACAGAGCCGGGAUCUGGGCUAUAGAUGUGUGGUAUUUAACAACAGAGGGGUUUCCGGUGAAACACUACUGACCCCGAGGACCUACUGUGCGGCCAACACAGAGGAUCUGGAGACUGUUAUUGAGCACAUCCAGAAGACCAAUGAAGCUGCUCCAAUCAUGGCUGCUGGAGUAUCCAUGGGCGGGAUGAUGCUGGCCAAUUAUUUGGGGCGCAAGGGCCGGGAAACCUGCCUGAAAGGUGUUGUAGUCUUCUCAGCAGGCUGGGACGUAUUUGAGUGCACCGCUUCGCUGGAAAAACCCCUGGACCGUUUCCUCUUCAACUCCUACCUCACCAGCUGCCUACAAGCGUCUGUGCACAGACACAGACCAGUGCUUGAAAAGUGUUACGACAUCGAUCAUGUCAUGAAGGCAAGGACCAUCAGAGAGUUUGAUGAGAGGUUCACCUCCAUAAUGUUUGGUUAUCCCACCAAUGACGACUACUACCAUGACGCCAGUCCCGUCCACAGGCUGAAAUCUGUUCAGGUGCCAAUGCUGUGCCUGAACGCUGCUGAUGAUGUCUUCUCUCCAUCUCAUGCCAUUCCAGUGGAGGCAGUGAAGCAGAAUCCCAACCUGGCCCUGCUUAUUACCUGUCAUGGCGGCCAUAUUGGCUUCCUCGAGGGCCUGUGGCCUCGACAGAGCACUUACAUGGACCGUGUCUUCAAGCAGUUCGCUAAGGCGGUCAUCGAGCAAGGCAGCGGACUCACAGACCUCUCCUGAUAAGAGAACUUAACAAAGUGUUCCUCUACUUUUACUUCCUCUCUCCUUUUGCUUUCUUCUUUCUUUUCUUUCAUCUCCACCGUCCAUCCUUCCAUGCUGCA